AUGAAAUAAAGUAGUCUUAUAUGCAAUGUCAGAAAUGAUGCUACAUUAAUAAUUAAUUAAUUUGUUUAUCAUUAAUAAGCUGAUUUUAGUUUUUCGUUUUGUUUUCAACUGAAGAAGCAAGCUAUGCAGACUAAUAGGAUAUAGAUUAUUGCGAUACAUUUGCUAAGAGUACUUCAUUUAACACUAAUAUCAGGUUUCCUUUAUCGAUAAUAAGACAUAUUAGGUUGAAGCAGGAUCUCAUUUAUUUUUAUUUGAAACAAAUGAUUAACAAAAUCAAUAUGGCAAUUUGUCUAAACACUACUUUACAAACUUAUAGAGUUAUCUAAUUACCUAAGAACAAUACUACAAUGGUGCAGGAUAUGAUAAAAAGAAAAGAUUCAAAUCUUAUUAUAAUAGUAAAAACUAUUAUAAAAAUCCGAUGAAUAUUGCAAGGUCACUUGAUUCCAAUUUCAGAUUGCUUAAGGAUACCAAGAUUUUGUUUUGUGCUGAACAAUUCAAAUAGUUUUAUGCUUAUAUACGAAAUACAGAUUUUGAAAUUUGCAGUCUCUAAUGUUAUUUGGUAAAAUUGAGUAAAAUGAUAUUAAAGAUCAUGUUCUGUGUUUAAGGAGAAGGGUAAGAUAAAAGAUGCAAUUAUGCAACUAUAAAUUAUAUUUUAAUGUUUCUCAAUUAUUGUUACUAUAUUGGUAAUUUGUUUAAAUAAGAUAGAAUAACUUUAUUUGCUUAUUGGUUAUCUUCAUUCAAACCCUUUUUAUAAAAUCAAUCAAUUUUAGGGAUUAAAUUAUUUGUUCUAGAAAUUAGAAAAUUUGGAUUUUCUAAAUACUGCAAAUGA